GUGUGUGUGUGUGUGUGUGUGUGUGUGUGUGUGUGUGUGUGUGUGUGUGUGUGUGUGUGUGUGUGUGUGUGUGUGUGUGUGUGUGUGUGUGUGUGUGUGUGUGUGUGUGUGUGUGUGUGUGUGUGUGUGUGUGUGUGUGUGAUUUCCAAUCGAGAGGUUGCGGGUUCGAUUCCGGACGAUUAUGGUCGCACACGUCUUUCUUCUCUUUCUCAGACUCCUCCCGUCUUUCAUUCUCCUGGGUGGUUACCAACAGCCAGUUCAUGCCGGAGUAUGUGGUGUGAUGUGUGUGCAGAAAAAUAUGAAAAAGACCAAACGUAGGGAGUCACUGGCCAGAAAAAGCCACUUCAUAGCUGUGUGGUGUAGACCAGGCUGAAUAGUGGCGGUCAAUUCUUCAGCCUUGCAAGCUGUUGAAUGGUGCAAUUCCAGCACAAGUUGCUAUGGCUUCUGCUGUGGCACUGCCAUCAUCGCCUCCUGCGAUGGGCGUCAAAAGCUCAAAGGUUAAAGGAUAGUGUGUGUCUGUGUGUGUGUGUGUGUGUGUGUGUGUAUGUGUGUCUGUGUCUGUGUCUGUGUGUAUGCAGUAAAAUACACAGACCAUGACUGCAGUGAAGAGUGUAUGAACCGUGCUACAAUAACCAGUUUAUCAUCGUCCUGAAAGUACUUCAAAAUGUCUAACAGUGUCGACGACGUCAAGCCCAGGAGAGGAAGACCGCCCCAACAGAAGGCACUCGCAACAGCCCUGUCAAAGCCGGCUAUCGCCGUUUCAACCAGCGUACAGCGUGUCAACUCCAGGAAAAUAGCGCCCAAGAAGGUGCAGGCAACAACAAGCACUCGUCGUAGUACUCAGCAACUACGACAGCGUCAAGUUGCAAGGACACCGACCAGGAGCUCAGCUGAUCAGAUAGCGCUGACAAACACUAUCUCGAAUGAACCAUUUGGUGAUCCCAAGUUCAUUGCUAAUAUCUUACCCUGGAUCUGUGACAUUGAUACAACGAGGUUUCGACAUGCUGUGCAGGGCAAAUGCGUGUUCAUAAGUAUAACGGAAAUUGAGACAUUGCUGCGUCUGGAGAAAUACGAAGGAAAGGAAAAGCAUAAUUCUCACAUCAUCAGUCUUAUUCGUCCUGGAGGCACAUUUGCUUAUAAACUGCUCUGCAAUGCAAUCCAUGACUUGGGUCCACUGUACAAUGAAAAGUACCAAGAAAUGCUUCUCCUGUUGCCCGUUGACCAGCGACCAACGGCCAAGACAUCAUCUCAUGAGACAGGUAAUUGAUAUGUCCGGAAUGGGGAUGGUCACAAGAAUGGUCUUGGGAUGUGGAUGUACCACAUACAGUGUGAUGCAGUAGUUGAUAUGUCCAGAAUGGGGAGGGUUUCAAGAAUGGUCUUGGGGGUGUGGGUAUACCACUUACAGUCUGAACGUCCCCUAUUUAAAUUUAAACAUUGCCAUCAAUCAAACUUCUGCUGUCAAGGGAAAUUUUAGUUUUGUACCUUACCGGCAGAAUUAAACUCAUUACACCAAAGUAUAGUCUACAGUACAUUCAGAAAAAGAUGAUAUCCUAGCUUUUGGCCAGAAAUGGGUCAAAUUUUGAGUUUUUUCUCAAUUUUUUUGCAAUCCCCCAUGGAAUCCUCUUCCAAUUGUGUUUUUGAAGUCUAUUUCUCCAAAAAUCAAGCCAUAACAAGAAUAGGAUUUCGGCCGGGUUUUGCCCCCAAAGCACUGAAUUGGGGAAAAACCAUGAAAAUCCAACCCGUGCACUCCACUUGCAGAACAGUGCAUUUGAGGUUCAAACCCCAGUUGAGGUACCUUUUUUGGACCCUUUUCAAGUUUCGAAUCUCGCGUCACUGGCGAAAUCACCAAGCACGAGUGCUCUCCGGGGCCAGCGCUCAUCUUUUUCUGAAUGGACUGUAGCUAAAAGCGAACUGUACCCCUCUUGCGGCCGCGAUACACAACAGAAGGCCAGCUGUGUAGUAGGAGAGAAUACUUUGUUCUUUCUCUAAGGAGACGUCUGGGCAACUGACGUAUGACAACUGACAAUUGAAUAUUAUCCAGGAAAGUGAUGCACUCAUCAGGGCAAAAGUGGUGCGCUUAUCAGCACAAAAUGUGCACGGGUAAGCGAUACAAUGCUGUCCCAAUGGGGACCAGUGCGAGAAGUGUGUACAGAGCGGGUGACUAUAAAGCCUAGUUCACGUUCGACGGGGCACGACGGGACGUGACGUAAGGAUCGACGGGAAGCGACGGGACAGUCUGACGGCGUCCAAUGUGAACACCAGGAACGGGAACGCAGCCGUACUGCCGUACAGAUCGGGAAGCAACGGGAAGAGUUGGAUCGAUCCAACUUUUCAUACC